AUGGACACCGACUCCGAUCCAAAUGCCCUAAUCGAUGGCAAUUCCCUUGUUGCCAUGUCCCUGGCACGUGCCGGCGUGGAUCGCAUGUUCGGCGUGGUGGGAAUUCCGGUCACCUCCCUCGCCAACCGCUCUGUCGCCCUCGGAAUCCGAUUCAUCGCCUUCCACAACGAGCAAUCCGCUGGCUACGCUGCCUCGGCUUACGGGUACCUCACCGGUCGGCCUGGAAUUCUCCUCACCGUUUCCGGGCCGGGUUGUGUUCACGGGCUAGCGGGUGUCUCGAACGGCACUGUUAAUGCCUGGCCCAUGGUCCUGAUCUCCGGCUCAUGUGAUCAAAAGGACUUCGGCCGCGGGGAUUUCCAGGAGCUCGAUCAAAUAGCGGCCGUUAAACCGUUCUCGAAAUUUUCCGCAAAAGCCUCUAACAUCAAACAAAUCCCUGGUUGUGUUUUCGAUGUCCUUCACUGGGCUGCAUCGGGGCGUCCCGGCGGGUGUUACUUGGACUUACCCACCGAUGUGCUUCACCAAACUGUCACUGAAUCGGAGGCGGAGAAAUUGAUUGUUGAUGCUCAGACUUGUAGAAAGGAAAACAAAGAGGAAGGGAUUGAAAUUGUUAAGCAUUCGGAGAUUGAAAAGGCGGUUUCGAUNAGGGUACAAAUUUAG